UACGCUAAUGAAGAAGUUUGCUCCAUGAUUAUUUCUGGUUCACGUCUGGAAUUUCCUGGUAACUGUCCAGAGUUUGUAAGGUCUCUGACCCAACAGUGCUGGAGGUCUCAGGCCAAGGAGCGUCCUACUUUCAUCCAACUGUUGCGUCUUUUGAUGCCUAGGACAUCCACACAAUAUUUUGAGUUCUUCCAGCGGGUGUCAUACUUCCACAGCGCCAGCUGCUGCGACUCUGAAAGUGACGAUGAGGGGUUCAUCGCCAGCGGCUCCCUCAACCCCAGCCAGGAGGAUGCUGAGGCAGAACACUCCUUCUCUGCCUCCCUCCCUCCUUUCCAAUCCUUCUCUGCCUCCCUCCCUCCCUUCCAAACCUUUUCCACCUCCCUGCCUCCCUACCUCCCGCACAACCAUAACAACCACCAGCAUUACUACCACGACAACGGUCCAGAUACUGACGACGACACAGCUGGAGAAGACGACCUGGUACGUUUGACUCCCUAUAAGAGGACGUCCUGUGCCUCCCUCUCCUGUAUCAUGAGAUCUCACAGCACUGACGUCCAGAACAACCCAGCUACUGACACUACCAAGCACCGUUCUCUCUGCCUCAGCCAUCACUGAUCAUCACACACGCACACACACACACACACACACGCACACACACACACACACACACACACACGCACACACACACACACACAGGCCAGGAGCUGUGACUCAACCCCUGAAACAAGAAAUAGGUGUGUACACACACAUAAACACAUUGUCAGGAAGCAUUUCUUCAGUCACAAAGCUUUCAGGAAGUGGAAUAGUCUGGAAAGUGAUGUAGUGGAGGCAGAAUCCAUACAUAGCUUUAAGUAGAAGUAUGAUAAAGAAGCAGGGAGAGAGUGGACUUAGCAGCAACUAGUGAAGAGGUGGGUUUCGACCCUUGCAACCACAAUUAGGAGAGUACAAUAAGGGGAUUAUACACAAACAGGAAGAAAACUGUAAAAAUGCUUUCGAGACAGUUGUGCACGAGAGAUCAGUGCAGAAGCUAGAGGAGCAGGCAAGAAUAACAGGAAAGGUACUUCAAUGGAUUACAGAAUACCUAACAGAAAGGAAACAAUGAGGGAUGCUACAUGACGAGGUGUCAAAGAGGCGCCUGUUACGAGUGGGGUUCCACAAGGAUUAGUUUUAGGGCCGUUGCUGCUUCUAGUAUGUGUGAAUGACAUGAUGGAAGGGAUAGAUUGAGAGGUGACUCUGUUCGCAGACGAUGUGAAACCAGUGCGGAGAAUUCAAACGGAUGAGGAUCAGGUAUGACUACAAAGGAAUCUGGACACGCUACAAGGCUGGUCCAACAACUGACUCCUGGAGUUUAACCCCACCAAGUGCAAAAUCGUAAAGAUUGGAGAAGGCCAAAGAAGACCGCAGACGCAGUACAGGCUAGGAGCCCAAAGGCUGCAAACCUCAUUCAAGGAAAAGAAUCUUGUGUUGAGAACCGUACCGAUCACAUAUAAAUGCAGCAGCAUAUGGGCACCUGGCAAACCUAAGAAUAGCAUUUCAACACCUGAGUAAGGGGUCGUUCAAGACACUGUAUACCGUGUACUUCAGGCCCAUAUUGGAGUAUGUAGCACCAGUAUGGAACCCACAUCCGGUCAAGCACGUCAAGAAAUUAGAGAGAGUGCAAAGCUUUGCAACAAGAAUGGUUCCAAAGCUAUGAGGCAUGUCUGCGAUUAGAGGGAAAUCAACCUGACGACACUGGAGGACAGGAGAGAUUGAGGGAGCAUGACAACGACUUAUAAAAUACUGAGAAAAAUUGACAAGGUGGAUAGGGAUAGAAUGUUGCAGAGAUGGAACAUAACAAGAAGGGGUUGAAAACUGGAAGUUGAAAACAUAGAUGAGUCAUAGGGAUGUUAGGACAUAUUCCUUCAGUCACAGACUGUCAGGAAGUGAAACAGUUUGGAGGGUGAUGUAGUGAGGCAGGAUCCAUACAUAACUUUAAGAAGAGGUACGAUAAAGCUUAUGGAGCAGAGUUGAGAUGGAAAGGACUAGAGAAGAGUUGGGACCAGGAGCUGAGAUUUGACCCCUUCAACCACAAAUAGGUGAGUACACACAUACAUACAUACAUACACACACACACGCACACACACACACACACACACACACACACACACACACACACACACACACACACACACACACACACACACACACACACAUAUAUGAAGGACACCUCGGGGCCAGUGACACGUGAUUCUGAGCUUCGAAUGCAUAGUAGAGUAACAAGUGGAGAGGGAAGCAGGAAGGGCAAAACGAAUGAAGCAAAACUACAAGAGAGGGGACUACACAGACAUGAAGAAUUUCCUGCACGAGGUUCAGAGGGACAGAGACCUGGCAGGGAACUUCGUAAAUGAAAUGAUGAAAUAUGUGACAACAAUAUACAAGGAAUCUGAGGAGAGGGUUUUACCCUAAGGUAACAGAAAUAACGAGAAAGCCAGGAUGAGCCUUUGAUUAACCCAAAGGUGUAGAGAGGCCAAAACCAUGUGUGCUAGAGAAUGGAAGAAGUAUAGAAGAUAAAGGACCCAGGAAAAUAAGGAGAGCAAUCGUAGAGCCAGAAAUGAAUUUGCACAGGUAAGAAGGGAGGCCCAAAGAUAAUACGAAAAUAACAUAGAAGCGAUAUCCAAAUGUAACCCGAACCUGUUGUACAGCCACAUCAGGAGGAAAAACAACAGUCAAGGACCAGGUAAUCAGGUUGAGGAAGGAAGGAUAGAUCACAAGAAAUAACCGUGAAGUAUGUGAAGAGCUCAACAAGAGAUUCAAAGAAGUGUUCACAGAGGAGACAGAAGGGGCUCCAGAAAGAUGGAGAGUUGAGGUACACCAUCAAGUGUUGGACACAAUGCAUACAACCGAAGAAUAAGUGAAGAGGCUUCUAAAUGAGCUUGAUACCUCAAAGGUGAUGGGGCCGAAUAACAUCUCUCCAUGGGUCCUGAGAGAGGGAGCAGAGGUGCUAUGUGUACAACUGUUAACAAUCUUCAACAUAUUUAUCGAAACAGGACGACUACCUGAGGUAUGGAAGACAACAAAUGUAGUCCCUGUUUUUAAAACAGGAGGCAGACAUGAAGCAUUAAACUACAGACCAGUGUCAUUGACAUGUAUAGAAUGAAAAGUCAUGGAGAAGGUUAUCAGAAGAAGAGUGGUGGAGCACCUUGAAUGUUAACUAGCAUGGUUUCAGGGACGGGAAAUCCUGUGUCAUACACCUACUGGAGUUUUAUGACAGGGUGACAGCAGUAAGACAAGAGAGAGAAAGGUGGGUAGAUUGCAUUUUCUUCGACUGUAAGAAGGCUUUUGACACAGUUCUGCACAAGAGAUAAAUGCAAAAGCUGGAGGACCAGGCAGGUAUAACAAGGAAGGUACUGCAAUGGAUCAGGGAAUACCUGUCAGGAAGACAACAGCAAGUCAAGGUAUGCAACAAGGUGUCAAAAUGGGCACCUGUGACGAGCGGGGUUCCUCAGGGGUCAGUCCUAGUACCGUUGCUGUUUCUGGUAUAUGUAAAUGACCUGACAGAAUGAAUACACUCAGAAGUGUCCAUGCUUGCAGAUAAUGUGAAGUUGAUGAGAAGAAUUUAAUCGAAUGAGGAUCAGGCAGAAUUACAAAGGGAUCUGGACAGGCUGCAGGCCUCGUCCAGUAACUGCCUCCUGGAGUUCAACUUAGAUGAAUCUCUGGGAUGUUAGGAAGUAUUUCUUUAGUCACAGAGUUGUCAGGAAGUGGAACAGUCUGGGAAAUGAAGUAGUGGAGGCAGGAUCCAUACAUAGUUUUAAGAAGAGGUACGAUAAGCUCAUGGAGCAGGAAGAGUGAACUCGACCUCUGCAAGCACAAUAGGUGAGUGCAGUUAGAUAAUCCUAGGAAUGUUGCAUCACCUAGAGCAGGGGUGGUCAGAACAUUGGCUGCGAUCUAGCAAAAGAUUGCAGAUCACAAGAUGACCACUAGACUUGAAAUAUGUAUUUAGGCUAAAACUUAAUGAUAAGAUAAGAUAAGAUAAGAUAAGAUAAGAUAAUAUAUAUACUCAGUCAGUAUUUGAGCAGAGCAAUAUUCUUAGUAAAGAAACCAUACCACGGGUGGGGUUAGAGUCAGCGAUCGGAGAGUCACGAAACUCCAGACCGUCUGAUCGUGGGUUCUAACCCCACCCGUGGUAUGGUUUGUUUGCAAUCGUGUCAUUACGAUUUCGUGAGUCAGUAAUGUUCUUAGUAAUUACUAACCUGUGGAGUUGAUCUCAUUGACAAAUUGUAGAAUGUCAACAUGUCUAAUGAUUUUACACUAGUAAGUUUUGAUGUCACUAUGUUGUUCACGUGAUUCCUUGUCAACGACUUGUUAUCCUAAUUGGAAGAAGAAUUAAAAAAGUUCUCCUUGCCUUUUUAAAAAACAAAAAAAGUACCAUUAUUGAACAGAGUUGUGUGUAGUUGACUGCAAGUUUGAGUUUGAGGGGAAAUAUUAUGCACAAAGGCAAGGAAUGGCCAUGGGUAAUCUAUUAUCUUCCUGUUGAGCAAUAUUUACAUGGAAUUUAUCGAGGUUAGGCUGCUAAAAGAUAUCCUGCCCUGUCAAGCUAAAUGGUUCAGAUAUGAAGGUGACAUCUUGUGUCUGCCAUUUACCAAAACCUAACCUUUCGUCCAGUGUAUUAAAUCUCCAUUGAAAAAUGAA